CCCCCCGACCUUCCCUCGGGGCCCCCCCGCGUUUUAUUCGUUGUGCGUGAAUCACCCCGUUUCCUCUCUCCGCGAGGUCGGGCCCCCGCGGGGCGCGGCGCGGCCGGCCGGCUCGGUUAUGCCGCGCGGGUGCGCCCCCCACCCCGUGGGCUCGCGCGUCCGUGGGCGGCUGCGUGUGACUGAUGGCGCUGGGUGGCGUUGGACAGCGCGGCCGCCCUGCCCACGCCGGCUGGCGGGGCCCCGAGCCGCCUCGCGCUCCCCCGCUCCCCUCCUCCGGGGCUGGGCCGUGCGCGGUCCUGUCCGCCGGGGAACCCGCGCCGGGGGUCCGUGUCCUUUAGAGACGGCGCAGGACCUCGCGGCUCGCUAAGUAACUGCUGGCCUCUCGGCGAGAGCCGGGGGAAAAGCCAGCGCCGGGGUCCUACCUUGAUCCCUCCGCAGAGGUCCUAACCAGACGGCCCGGUCCCUCUAAAUAUGCCCCAGGAUGACGGAGCGGCCGCCGGGCGAGGCGGCACGCAGUGACCCGCCGCUGGAGGGCCAGGACGCGGCCGAGGCCCGCAUGGCCCCCCCGCACCUCGUCCUGCUCAACGGCGUCGCCAAGGAGACGAGCCGCGGCGCCGCCGCCCCGGCCGAGCCCCCAGUCAUCGAGCUGGGAGCGCGCGGCGGCGCGGGGGGCGGCCCCGCCGGCGGGGGCGGGGCCGCCAGGGACUUAAAGGGCCGCGACGCGGCGGCAGCCGAAGCGCGCCACCGGGUGCCCACCACGGAGCUCUGCAGACCUCCCGGACCCGCCCCGGCGCCCGCGCCCGCCUCGGCCCCGGCGGAGCUGCCCGGAGACGGCCGCAUGGUGCAGCUGAGCCCACCCGCGCUGGCUGCCCCCGCCGGCCCCGGCCGAGCGCUGCUCUACAGCCUCAGCCAGCCGCUGGCCUCGCUAAGCAGUGGGUUUUUCGGGGAGCCGGAUGCCUUCCCUAUGUUCAACAACAACCGGGUGAAGAGGAGGCCCUCCCCGUAUGAGAUGGAGAUUACCGAUGGUCCUCAUACCAAAGUAGUGCGGCGCAUCUUCACCAACAGCCGGGAGCGCUGGCGGCAACAGAACGUGAAUGGGGCAUUUGCCGAGCUCCGUAAGCUGAUCCCCACGCACCCACCAGACAAGAAACUAAGCAAAAACGAGAUCCUGCGCCUCGCCAUGAAGUACAUCAAUUUCUUGGCCAAGUUGCUCAAUGACCAGGAGGAGGAAGGAACCCAACGUGCCAAGCCUGGCAAGGACCCCGUGGUGGGAGCUGGUGGGGGUGGGGCAGGGGGCGGCCUACCCCCUGAAGACCUUCUACAGGACGCACUUUCCCCCAAUUCCAGCUGCGGCAGCUCUCUGGAUGGGGCGGCCAGCCCGGACAGUUACACAGAGGAGCCAACCCCCAAGCACACGGCCCGCAGCCUCCAUCCUGCCCUACUGCCUGCUGCAGAUGGGGCUGGUCCCCGGUGAUGUAUCUGGGGCUGCCCAGGGCCAGCAGACAGGGGCUUUUAGGUCCCCGGGUUGCUUGGCUUCAGGGCAGAUGGGAUGAGAAGCAGGGCAAUGGACUUGAUAAACUUCCCUUAUAAUCUGAACUUUGGGAAGUCCCAACUGACCCUGGCCAGGCGUUUCUGUUUCCUGCCCGGAAACGGAAAAGGAAAACGAAGUUAAGUAGUAGGUACUUUAUCCGAAGAUGGCACGGUCCUCUCCCUCUCCCACCCCCCGCGACGUCCCAGUUAUGAGGCUCAAGUGUCAAUGUUUUUGGUCUAGAGUUUGUGAAACUUGGUUUAGAUAAGAUCUGGGGUUGUUACCUGUUACCUGAGGCAUCCCUAGGCCUCUGCCUUGCCUUUAGCCCAUCCCGAGCUGGCUGGGGUGGCUUUUGUGGCAGCUUCUGUUCAAAUAUAUAGGUACCCAAGAGCUGCCCAUUUCUUGAGCCCCAUCUUCAUCCAGGUCCGUGUUGAUCCAUCCAGCUUGCCAGCUGCUGCAGAGAGUCAAGCCUCGAGGUGCCUUCUUCAGGGCCUGGUUGGAAAAGAUGGCCAGAGAAUAGACAGCCUGCUCUCAACUAGCUGGGCCAGAAAACCCAACAGCCCUUCUUGCCCCAGGGAACCAGAGCUCCGCUUUCUCCCCGCUGAGACUUGCCUUUCUAUCCUGUGGCUGUGAGGACCAAGUCAGCAGCCCUGAGCAUGCUCUGUUAGGCUGUGUGCAGGCACAGAAAGGGAAAGUGACAUUAGGGUGAAACGAAGCAACAGUGUUUGGGGCUCUGGGUUUCAACUCCUGCACAUGAUGGUGUGAUGAUGCAUUGCAUGUUGGUGCUGGGGCUAUGCAGCCCACGGGCUUCCCCAGGGAGCUGAAAGGGAAGCUUUCUUUUGCAAGAUGUCUGUUGGCUGAUGGUCUGGACUUCCAAAUGGAGUACAAACUGUCUUGUAAAUACUCUGUUAGGGAUUUUGCUUGACCAGUUUUUGGUGGCAACUUUACGCCAUGAACAACCCAAGAUGCAGCCUGCUGCUAGGGCAAGGAGUCCAGGCACAGGCAAGGCCCUGGCUGAGACCUGGGCUCGAGUAUUUGCUCAGCCUAACUUUUAAGUACGCCCCUGUCUCGCAAAGUGCAGGCCCUACGUGUGUGCACGGUAGGUUGAUUUAAUGCGAUGUGAGUGGCCCCCUCUGGAAGCUGUACAUGAAACUUUUGUAAAGCAAAUCCUCCUCUGUCUCUUAAAGAAGUAACCCCUGCAAGUCAUUUUUGUAAAGUGGAGAAUUCUUUUGUCGUACAGACAGCUCCCCCAGGGUUCCUCCCCUGUGUCGAACCAGUAGGUGGGCCCGAUUUUUCGUAAGGCUAGGCCUGCCUAUAAUGAAGUUCAAGCUCAUGGAACAAACUGCACAGAAGUCCUAUGUCUGCCAUUGCACCGCUGUCACCAGCUCUUCCUCUCUUCCUCCAGGCUUUGCCUUUGAGCCCCAGGGAAAGCUCCAUCGUGUGAUGGAGGAGCCCAUCACUUCUCUGUUUGAGUUUCAGCACAAUGGCUUGUACCCACUGCGAUGUUGCCUGAGUAUAGACUUAGGCAGACAGAGAUGGCUCCUGGUCCUCUCCCUAUCUUCUUCCUAUUAAGUGCUGAGGUCCCCCAGGCAUAGGAACAAUUAUGGCCAGCUACUAAGGCACUGUGGUCCUUGUCUCAUCACAUUGUGCUAUAUAUCGCCAUGAGCAUUAAGGUUGGUUCCUAAGCAUCGCUUGGGUGUCAGUCCAAGGACUCAGACCCAUGAGAAAAAAAAUGGAACAACUGUCCCGGGCGCUAAGCUUGUUUGUGCUUCUCAGUGGAGCAAUGACCUGGGAAUGAAAAAUGUGGAUCUUGUCGGUGGGUUUCAUGAGAGGUAUCACACACUUGCCAGGAGCUUAAGCUGUGGUUCCCUUCCUCAGCUUGACAGCUUCACUGGACAGUGAACUAACACUGACGUUGGAAGCUCACUGAGUCUGUAAAGAGUGCCGUGCUCUGGGGGAUGCAGCGCAGUGGGAGAGAAGUACACAUGGGCUUCUGGGUUCAGUGCCUAGUGCAGACACAAGAGAAGCUUCAUUUCCUUUGGUGGCGACCCUGCUGUGAGGUUCCGGCCAGAGUUCAGGCCCUGGGCAGUUGAUAUUUGUGUAAUUUAGGUAAUAAAAUACUUUCCCUUGA